AUGCCAAAUAUUAGCAUUUGUUCUGUCCCUCAUGUAGUCGAUUUUUGUGGAGCUCUUCCCGUCUCCGACGAAGAAAACCCUUUCGACACCGUUCUGACCUGCAAGGGUAAAGUUCUUGUUGGUUCGUUCGAGCGUAAUGGCCACCCGGUCGUUACUUUACCUGGUCUUCUCGUCUUGCCAUCCCUAUCCGUCACCGGACUUGGACAUUCGUGGUCCACACCCACUGGAUGGCUUCGGAUCGUAUCCGGUAGCGUGAGGCUAAGUCUGAUGACCUUGGGGAUUAGACAGUUCGGGUCGGAGGUUAUUGGCCCCGCAAACAAGAUGAUCAUUACCCCGGCCCGAGAGCGGGCGGACCAACCGGAUACGUUGACCUCGAUCCGGGCCUUCCCCGGAUAG